CACCCUCUGACAGACCAAAUGAUAUCUGCCUGCCAAAUUAUGGCCUGUGCAAAUUUAUUGGACUAAAAGUCAACUUUUCAACCGAGGGAGUCUUUUUCGGCAAGAUGGAAAACGCUGACGUGACAAAUGGAGCACAAACAAAUAAAACAGCACCAUAAUAUGAGAUUUAGUAGAUCUCCACCUCCCUGGAAACGUUGUUCCUCGAGAAGAGGAAAGAAAAUGCAACUUCUAUAUCACAAUUAUAGGCUGAGCUCAAGAUCAAAUACACCAGCACAAAUCUGGAGAACAAAACCCACUUCAGGUGAUAUUUACAAGAAACGCUUACUGCUGAGAAACAAACAAAAAAUAAACCCAAAACGGUUUGUGUUGGAGUCUGAUGAAUUAUAUUUUUUCUCUCAGAUUCAUCACUGUAUUCUGAAGCAUUGAUAUUUUGUCAGCCUUUAACAUGUGGUGCAGCACUCGUUAAUGUCAACUUUUCCAUCGAGGGAAUUUCUCCUGCAGAUGUUUUUUUGGUUUAGCUCUGAAACUGAGGGAUGUCAAGCAAUCCAGAACAGACUUUACAUUUACUGCCCUCAGCAACACAAGGGAGAUGUGACUAACAGCUGUUUUCUCUGUGAUUAUUGUUAUUACAUCGAACCAUGAUGACCCCCCCCAUCCUCCCUCCUCCUCCUCCUCGUCUUCCUCGUCCUCCCCUUCUUCCCCAGCUGUAAAAGAGGUGUUGGUUCAUCAAAGCCUAUGAGUGUCUCUCUGGAAAUGAUGGUGUUGCCACUGGUGCCGCCCUCUCUGUCGCCAUGACGAUGCCGUUCAGCCCCCUGUCCAGCGACGAGGAGCAACAAAGGAUGCUGGGAAACAAUCGACAUCUCUAUCCAGGGGCAGAGGACGAGGAAGAGGAGGAGGAAGAGGAGGAGGAGGAAGAGGAAAUGGAAGAAGACGAGCGUGAUGAGGACCAGGAGGAGGAGGAGAAUGGUGAGCUGGAGGGGGAAGAGGAAGACGAUGAGGAGGAGAUGGUGGAGGAGGUCAGGCGAGGAGGCCUGUCGCGAGGGGGACACAGGCAGUCGGGUAAAAUGGCCGGACGACCCGCGGGGGACAGACAGAUCCGGCCAGGGAACCCUGGACACACCACAAACCCCUAUUCGUCCAACCCCGGACCCACACACCAACAGCCGGCCAAUCACAUACAGCAGCAGCAGCAGCAGCAGAGGAGGCUGAAGGAGCGCAGCUCCAGCUCGGCGCCUUCUGAGGACGCCCACAUCGCCAUGAUGGUGUUUCGCAUCGGCAUCCCAGACAUAAAGCAAACGAAAUGUCUGCGGUUUAACCCAGAUGCCACCGUGUGGAAAGCCAAGCAGCAGGUGCUGUGCUCCCUCACCGAAUCUCUGCGGGACGUCCUGAACUACGGCCUGUUCCAGCCCGCCACGGACGGCCAUGACGCCAAGUUCCUGGAGGAGGAGAGGCUGCUCAGAGAGUACCCACAGUCCUUUGAGAAAGGGGUACCGUAUCUGGAGUUUCGAUAUAAGACCAGGGUGUACAAACAGACCAAUCUGGAUGAGAAGCAACUGGCCAAACUGCACACUAAGGCCAGCCUCAAAAAAUUCAUGGAUUAUAUUCAAACCAAUGCUGUGGACAAGAUGGUCAAGUUCAUAGACAAAGGCCUCGAUCCCAACUUCCAGGACUCCGACACUGGAGAGACUCCUCUGUCCCUGGCGGUGCAGUGCGAGCCGGGUGGAGGUGAGGCCAUCCGGGUCCUGGUGGAGGGAGGGGCUCACAUUGACUUCCGCGCCAAAGAUGGACUCACAUCAUUACACAAGGCUGUUCGAGGCCACCGCCACACAGCCCUGCUGGUCCUGCUGUCUCUGGGUGCGUCUCCGGACUAUAAGGACCGACGAGGGCUGACGCCGCUCUACCACACUGUGCUGACAGGGGGGGAGACCUCGUGCUGCGAGACACUCCUUUACCACCACGCCAAGCUGGGCAUCAGGGACGAGAACGGCUGGGACGAGACACAUCAGGCCUGUCAGAAUGGCAACUCGCAGCAUCUGGAGCAUCUCCUCUUCUAUGGGGCGGAUUCCUCCUCCCAGAAUGCAUCUGGAAACACUGCCUUGCACAUCUGUGCUUUAUACAACAAGGAAAGCUGUGCACGAAUUCUGCUCUAUCGGGGAGCAAAAAAGGACGUGAAGAACAACAGUGGGCAGACCCCCUUUCAGGUGGCUGUUGUGUCCGGCCAUUUUGAGCUGGGAGAAAUCAUCAAAAACCAUCGGGACACAGAUGUGGUUCCCUUUGUGGAGUCUCCAAAGUACGCCCCCCAGAGGCGGGAGAGCGCCCGGACGCUGGCGAUACCCCACCCUCAUCCCUUCCUCCGGGCCAACAGUGACAGCAGCAUGAACCUGCCAGACUGGAUGGCAGUGCCCAACGCCCCGGGGACCAACAUCGUCUCUGUGCAGGGCUAUAAGCACACAGGAACCCUGCGGAGCUCCAGCAGUCCCAGAGGGGCGAGGACACGUUCCCCAUCCAGAGGGAGGAUCGGGGACAAGGAGGACCGGAGCAGGCAGAGUCGGAGACAGGGGCCGCUCCCUGCCGCCACAGCCGGACAGACGGCAGGCCAGCGGAGACGCCUCUACAGCGCUGUGCCUGGACGAGUCUUUGUCGCCACUCGAUCCCACACUGCCCAGGGAGAGCGAGAGAUCAGCUUCAAUAAGGGAGACAGGGUCAAAGUGUUGAGUGUUGGCGAAGGCGGGUACUGGGAGGGGACGGUCAGGGGUCGCACAGGCUGGUUCCCCUCCGACUGUGUGGAGGAAGUGAUACUUCGGAGCCAAGACAACCGAUCAGAGAGCCGUGGAGAACGAGCCAAAAGGCUGUUCCGCCAUUACACUGUGGGAUCCUAUGACAGCUUCGACGCUCCCAGUGACUAUAUAAUCAAGGAGAAGACGGUGCUCCUGCAGAAAAAAGACAGCGAGGGUUUCGGCUUUGUGCUGAGAGGGGCCAAAGCUCAGACUCCCAUCGAGGAGUUCACUCCCACGCCGGCCUUCCCUGCCCUGCAGUACCUGGAGUCGGUGGACGAGGGAGGCGUCGCCUGGAGAGCCGGUCUCAGGAUGGGAGAUUUCCUCAUAGAGGUCAAUGGUCAGAAUGUGGUGAAGGUUGGCCACAGACAGGUCGUCAACAUGAUCCGGCAGGGUGGCAAUAGCCUCAUGGUCAAGGUUGUCAUGGUAACCCGCAACCCUGACAUGGAAGAGGGUGCGAGGAAGAAAAUCCCCCAGCAGAGCAAGAGGCUGAGCACUCCUGCUAUCGCCCUGAGAUCCAAAUCCAUGACUUCAGAACUGGAGGAGAUGGUGGAGAGAGCUGCUACCCCUUGGAAAAAAAAAUCAGAAUUCGAAUCGUCACAAGUUACAGAGAAGAAGAGGACAGUCUAUCAGAUGGCUUUGAAUAAACUAGAUGAAAUUCUUGCAGCAGCUCAGCAGACAAUCAGCACCAAUGAGGUGCCGGGGACACGGGGACAGGGGCCAAAAAGAGACCGGGGACGAAGUUUCUAUGGCAAUGAGCCAAACUACGGGGAUCAGUCCGGGAUGGGGAUGAUGUCAUCGGGGCUGGGCCUCGGCUAUGACCGUGGCCAGUACAGCUCGGGUCACGGGCCACCGCACGGUAUGGUGCGGCAGAAAUCCAUCGGAGUGCCUGAGGAGGAGAAGCAGUUCCUGCAUCCUCCGGCCAUGAAGUUUGCUCGGAGUCUGUCGGUGCCUGGCCCAGAUGACAUCCCCCCUCCUCCCACUACAGCUCCACCAGACCCUCCAUUCUCCUCUGCUCCGCCACUAGGAUGGAGAGCUAAGUCAUCCCAGCAGCCCUCUGUCUCCGUGUCCCAGUCAACAUCCACCUCUGCACACUACCAGCCCUACUCCCAGUCAGUGCACUUCACCCAUGGGGGCAGGGAGAGGGCUGGUGGUCCCAGCACUAGCACCAGUAGUGGAGCGUUGGACCACACAACCUCGUAUGCACACGCUGCUGCCCAUACUGCUCAAAGCAGGACUGCUUCGCGGAAGGUUGCCUAUACUGGGGAGCCUGUUGGAGCUGGCAUAGGGGCUGGUGGAGGGGCCAAGGCAGCCGGUCUUAGGAGAGGCUACAGCACCGCUGUCCCCCCAUCCAGCAUUGCGACUGUAAUGCCCCAGCAACAACAGACUACCCAGAGUCAACCCCAACGAGCAGACCGUAGUUCAGCUGGGGCUGGAGCGGGUGGUCCUAAAGGAGGAGCUCGGAGAGGUAAGGGGCCCCUGGUGAAGCAAUCCAAGGUGGAGGACCUGCGUAUGGGCCAGGGCACACUGGGGGACAAAGGCUCAAUAGAGAAAAGCUCCAUACCCAUCCCUACCAUUAUUGUCAAGGCCCCUUCAACCAGCAGCAGUGGACGCAGCAGCCAGGGCAGCAGUGUGGAGGCAGAUGCUCCUGCAUCAGGGGAGGCAGAUGAAGCCAAAACACCCCAUGGUCCUCCUCCCUCCACUCCCACUCCACAGCCCCCUGCCCCACCUUCCAUCCCAGCACCGCCGCCUCCGUCCUUGCCUUCUAUUCGAGCCCAGGAUAACCUGGACUUUACCAGCCAGUUUGGGGCUGCCAUAGUUGGCGCAGCUCGCCGAGACAGGGAACGAUUCCAUGAAGCCCGCAGAAAGAGUGCCUCCUUGUUCAUGUCUGCUGAGGAGGAUGUGAGUCUUGGAGGAGUGAGUGAUGGAAUAGGAGGAGUAACACGGACUCAAGUGUCACAGCAACAGCUUAGCACGCAGGCUGAAAGUUCGUCAACACGGCUGCGUCCGUCCAAGUCUAUUGAUGAGGGCAUGUUCUCUGGGGACACCUUUAUCCAUCACACCCGCAGUAUGCCUCCAGCUUUUGGUCUACCUGAGUACUCCUCACCUGCUCUGGACUAUCAGCCUAAGUCUGUGCCUACUGACUUGUACACAGCAGCAGGCAGGCAGCCGGCGCCCUCCACUACCACCACUUUCAUUCACCCUCUAACAGGAAAGGCUCUUGACCCCACAUCGCCAUUAGGCCUCGCCCUCGCUGCCAGAGAACGUGCUCUCAGGGACGACAGCAGGCUAAGGAGGGGAGCAGAGCACCACUUCAGCCGUCAGAUGUCGAGUGUGGUGUUUCCUUCGUCUACUGCCAUGUCUCAGCCGGUGUCAUCCGCCGCUCAGUCCUCCAGCUCCUCCUACCUGGUCACCUCGUCUUCUCUGGCUGCCACCACACCCACUGUUGGCCGUCCACCCUCACCCAGAAUUCUCAGAGGAGUUGGUGGUGUGUGGACUGAGGAAGGUGGUGGAGGAGAGAGGGAGCGGGAAGGAGGAGGUGCACGCGAGGGCCUACGAGUUCGCUUCUCUGAGGACAAAACGGUCCACACACACCACUAUCAGUCUCAGCCGUAUCAGCCUACCUACAAGGAAAGGGAGCGAGAAAGGUCGAGGGAACGGGAGAGGGAGCUGUCCAGAGAAAGAGAGAGGGACAAAGAGAGAGAGGGUUACAUGCGGAGGGCAGAACAGGCUGUCACCAAUGCGGCAGCCGCUGAAAGCUCUGCUCAGCAAGCAGCCCAAUCUCAGCAGCCUCGCAGGCCCUCUUUUCUCAGGAUGGAAAGUCGAACUGAUGCUUAUAUCUUGUCCCUGACCCCUCCGUCUCCUCCACCUACCAGUGCUCAGCAGACAGUGAACACUACUGGUAGCACUGGGACUGGCCUGAUGGUCCUUCCUCCCCCUGCCCCCUCAGUUGAUGCGGAUGAUGAGUUUGUCUACGCAGACCCCCUCCCACCUCCAUUAGAGUUUGCCAACAGCUUCGACAGGGGACUGGGGAGAAUAUCAGGGUACUCACAACAGGCGAUGCUUGCCAACAGCCUGGCCUCCCACCAACAGCAGAUCCCACCCCCUCCACCGCCUCCUCCUCCUCCACCACCACCACCACCUCCUCCACCCCCCCAAAAAGAACCAUUUGUAAGUGGGUUUCCCGCUCACACACCCCUGCCCUCACCUCAGGCAGGGGACUCCACUGCCUCGAGCCUCACAUCUUACGACAGUGAGGUGGCUAACUUGACUCAGUCUGCUCCCUCUCCAUCCCAAACGUCACCCAACCCCCCACCACCUCCCUCGCCCUCUACCCUUCAGCCCACCUCAAUAGCAGGACCUCCGCCUCCCCCGUCUGUCUCACCACCACCUCCCCCCGGGUCCUAUCAUAGACCUUUCUCCAUGUCCCACCCCCACCACCUUUACAACAGCGCUCAUGCUCCUGGGCGCUCUUCCCCCACACCUCCCCCGCACACAGUUGCUCCACCCCCAGCCUACCGUGGUCCGCCAGCACCCUCCUCCACUGCUGCCACCUCUGCUCCACUUAGGAGCGCUGCCUCACAUGCCACGACCGCUAGCUGUGCCGCUACAACUACCACUGCUGCCACCACAACAAGCACCUCCACUCAGCUCUACCAGGAGCGAGCACAUACCACACAUACAACAUCCUCCACCUCCAUCAUGGGCAGUCGCAGGACUGGGGAGCACCACCGUCUCCCUCCUGCUACCAAGAAAGGAGAGUCCCAGGAGACCGUAGUGGACUCUGGGAUUGAAGAGCUGGACAGCCGCAGCAGCAGCGACCACCACCUGGACAGCAUCCUGGCUCUAAGUGGAGCCAGGCUAGACCGAGGAGAGAGAGGAGCUGGAGGACGGAUGGGAGGAGGGGCCGGGACAGGGGAAUCAGAAAAGGGAGGAGAUUUUCUGGAGUCUUACAUGAGCUACCUGGACGGACAAACUUUUGAGAUGCAGAACGCCACAGCAGCAGCCUCUACCUACCCAAAAGCCAACAGAUUCAGAGAGGGAGGUCGCACUGGUGAUCUACACCGACAGACCAGCACCGCUCCUGCAUCCUUCCACUCCCACAGACGAAGGGACGAGCAGGAAGAAGACGAGAUCGAGGAAGGAGUGACAGAGGAUGGAACUGGCCAGGAUGGGUAUGGGGUGAAGGACAUGCAGAAUUUGGGACGCCCCAUUUCACCGUACUUUGAUCGCCCACGCACUCCUGAGAUGAAGUCUCUCUGGGGCGAGGGGCAGGUGACCGGCGAUGGAGGCCAAUCUGGGACUCUUUUAGAGGGGAAGAAGAUUUACCCUCCCGCUUCCAGUAUGAAGCCCAGCAUCAUAAAUGAGCUGAGCAGCAAACUGCAGCAAAGAAGCAAGGACAGCUGGAGCAGCCAGAGACCAAUGAGCAGACACAGAAGCAGAAACAGAUUUUCAGAAGACUCAGCCUCAGCUCUGAGCCCCCCCUCAGCUAGAUCUCAGUCGCCGUCUCCAAUCUCGUUAUCACAGCCAUCGUUAUCACCUUCCCCGACCCCCGCGUCUCAGUACCCCAACUGGGGACGAUCCCCGUCUCCUCAGCCUCAAGCUGCCUCUCAGCCUCCACGUUCCCAUUCCCCGCUGUCUCCAACAUCUUAUUCCCCUUACCCCACCUCCCCCAAACACAGACCUGUCUACCGGACCAAAGCUCUAGAAUUCCAGUUCAUCCCUAGCCGAGAGUCCCGUAAAGCGGAAUCACACAUGCUCCAGCGUAGGCGAGCACCCAGCCCCCUCAUCUCCCCCUCAGAGAGGCCCAAGCUGGGUCCACCAAGGCCAUCUUCCCUUCCGCUCCUCCCCACUACACCGCUAUAUAGCGCCAUCUACGACCUCCGAGGUUCAAUCACCCCACCGUCACCUGGGAACCCUCUCGGAGACCCUUACUUCUCGCCCUCUCCUCCACUGUUUGCCCCCUCUGGUGCCCCUCCACCUCCAAACUCCACCUUAGUUGUUUCUCGAUCCCUCUCCCCAACUCACUUCCUGUCAGGGACCUCUUCUCCACCCCUGCACCCUCUCCCCCCACCUCCUUGCCUGAGUUACCCUCAUCUACCGCCCCCUUCCCCUACAAAGCCUUUUGCCUCCAAGCCGCUGCCCUACUGGACCAAGUAUGAUGUUGCAGACUGGCUAGGAUACCUGAACCUAGGUGAGCACAGGGAGCGUUUCCUGGACAAUGAGAUUGACGGCACUCACCUGCCCUCCCUAACCAAGGACGACUAUCUGGAUUUGGGUGUGACACGCGUAGGCCACCGUAUGAACAUAGAACGAGCCCUGAGGAGCGUAAUGGACAGGCUGUCCAGCAGCCCGUUUCCUAUUUCUGUUCUCUCACCUCGGGAUGGACAGACUGAGAGGAGGAUGGACGACGGGAGUCGGAGCUGAGGUUGCAAACGCAGAGGCAGAAGGACAAAGGGAGCGAGGGAAGGAGAAGAAGGAGGGGUUGGAGUCAAUGAGGGAGGAAGACACAACUGCUGCUAUCCACGGUGGAUUCACACAACAAAUGAGGGGAGAACAGAUUUCACACGGAGAACGACGGCGAGGGGGAGUCAAGUCCCAAAGGGAGAUGGAAACACAAGGACGGGGGAAAAAAAAAAAAGGGCUGACGA